GCCGUGCUCUCACUGCUCCGCUGCCCCGUAGAGCAGGCCCUCUAGCCCGCGGAGCUGGCUGGUCCCUCACGCCAGCCCCAGAUAAGCCCCCAAGUCGAAGUACCGGACCCGGGCUUGGAAUUCCGGAUAUUUGGGCUCCUUGGUCGCAGAGGCCCAAGCCCUCGACCACCUGUCCAUCAUGGACCUCGCCAGCACCUGCUCCAGCUUUCAGUCUGACCUGGAUUUCUGUCCGGAUUGCGGCUCGGUCCUGCCUCUUCCCGGAGCUCAGGAUACGGUCGCGUGUACUCGCUGUGGCUUCUCCAUCAACGUGCGAGACUUUGAGGCGAAGGUUGUGAAGACCUCAGUUGUGUUCCACAAACUGGGAACAGCCAUGCCCAUGUCGAUGGAGGAAGGACCUGAGUUCCAGGGACCCGUGGUUGACAGGCGCUGCUCUCGAUGUGGGCACGAGGGAAUGGCAUACCACACCAGACAGAUGCGCUCCGCUGAUGAAGGGCAGACCGUCUUCUACACCUGUACCAACUGCAAGUUCCAGGAGAAGGAAGACUCUUGAUUUUUUUCUGAGCGACUCAACAAUCUCUCCUUCUCUUCCUUGGAAGGUGAAAGAUAUUGGGUUCUUAGAUCCUUUGUCCGUCUCCUGAUUGCAGUGUUUUGCUCCCAGAGGAAAAGCAGAUCAUCAUGUGGGGAUUACCAUUGUCCCCAGAGUACUCCUACUCUAGUUGAGUUUCCUUUAUUAAAGUUAUAGUUUUCUAUAAGA